AUACUAAUGAAGAUCCUGUCUGAGUGUUUAUAAAACUGCAUACUAAUUAGCAUCCGGUCUGAAUUGUUGAUAUUGAUGUAUAAACUUCGUUGUGGGUAAUUUGAAAGCGCUUGGCAGAUGUUUUGAAUGAUAGUGACGCACCUCCAGUGUUAACGCGUGUUUUUCGUCUAUAGAAAUGUAUAUGAUAGUUAAUUUGGAAUCUGAAAGCUGUAUUCUGAAUAAAGUGCUUUCCACGUUCCAGAGACCAGGAGGAGUUUAGGACUCGAAACGCCUCAUUCAUUUCUUUCAACUGCACAGCUGACGUGCGUCUCCAGUAGUGUCUCUGUUGCGGCCGCAAGAGUUUUUCUAUCUCUCAUACUUGAAACUUUUGAAGCGAAUUCUAUAGUGGUAUAUUUUCUAAAGAAGAGAUGUCCGUCAAUGAAACGUACGUGUUGCGUCCCUUUAAACUGAUCGCUCUGUUUUGCGUGUUUCUGGCACUUUCUCUAGACUUGGUAGCACUGCUCAGUCCGGCUUGGGUCACCGCUGAACAAUACUCUCUUUCGCUUUGGGAGUCGUGUAACAAAAACGGGGACUUUUGGCAAUGCACACCUACGUUUAGAACAGACUGGCAGGUGGCCACACCGGUGUUGCUGCUGGCUGGGGCAGCCGUCACUCUGGUGGCGUUCAUGAUUGGCCUCAUCUCGCUGUGCCGGGGCACUCAGAGGAAACACUACCGCACUGUGGCCAUCUUCCUCUUCACCGCAGUGGUUCUGCAGGCCUGCGCACUGGUCCUCUAUCCAAUCAAGUUUGUCGACGGGGCGGUGCUGCAGACGUACCACGAGUUCAACUGGGGCUAUGGACUGGGCUGGGGGGCUACCAUCUUCAUUCUGGGAGGGGGGGUCCUUUUCUGCCUCCGGACAGACUUGUACGAGGACCCCUAUUACUAGGCCAAGACAAGAUUCUUCUCAUUAGACCAGUAAAUGGUACUGUUAUUAGACUGGGCUUGUUGGAAAGAUAGAAUUGGUAACCACUAUAUGAAGAGGCUGGUAUUCUCAGUCCAUGCAGAGAUGAGAGUGAGGGCUGUUAGAGGUGGAGCUCAAAGACAGAUGCAAUCAUUCCCCAUGUAACAACUUCAGCUGCUGACCCCAUGCACAUUUCCAUGUGUUAAAAAAUAGAUGUAUUUGCUACAGCAGGAGAUAGCAUGAAACGUGUUUUACUAAAUCAUGUAUCUAAAUCUCAUCCCUGUUUUCCUCACUCUUCCACAGGCUCAGUACCUCCACCCUUCUGUUCACAUAGACUGUGUAUAAAAUAUGUGUGCCUUUUUAAAGCUGCAAUAAACUGCUUGUCCUAUUUUA